UGUUCUCAAAUGAUAGCUGAUUUGAACAUAUUUUUAACUUAAUUUAAAAAAACAAAACGAUGGGCGGCACUAAGUGCAGCUUUCGUGAUUGCCCGGUGAACUCCAAACGCAACCCCAACAUGCACUUCUUCAAGUUCCCGACUAAGGACCCGGAGAGGAUGCAAGAGUGGAUUAAAUACUGUGCGAAUGCGCCUUCAAACAAAUGGGCCACCAGGACUGUUUGCGCCAGGCACUUUCGCGCCGAAUCCUUUAUGAACUACAAAAUGGAGAGGCUCGCGCCCAAGCAGACGCCCACAUUGCUGAGGAUCAACAGGGAUUUGGCCCUGGACUAUGCGAGUCUCGACCAGAACGGGGAGCCGCUUCUGGUAAAGCUGAAGCCUCCAACGCAGCCGCAUUUAAUACCGCCCAAGCACUUCAAGUGUCCCCUGGGAUUCGUGGACGAGGAUGAGGCCGAGGUAACCGGCAAGCCGACUCAAGAUUCCGUGGAGAAACCACCGGAAGCGCAGGGACAGCAACCAGCGGACGAAGUUCAGGAACCAGACUGUUCGGUGGAUGCGGAGCAAGAGCAGCCGGCUCAGCCCAAAGAGAGGGUGGCGGUGGAGACACAGGAUGUCACAGCAUCAACCAGUGGAGGUUCGGAUAUGCCCAUGCCUCAAAACAUUCUGGAUAUAAUAAGUCAACUGCAGCCUUCGUUGGGCAUCAAGUUGGUGAAAAGGCCAGUGGAGACUCGCUCGACAAGUGAGGGAAACGCGACUCCAAAUGAAGAGCAGACUGAAGAUUCAACUAAAAGGCAGAUGCUGUCCAAUAUGAUAGAAAAGUGCCCUAAACAAACAAGUACACUUGUGGAGGGCAUUAAUAAGCCAAAGCUAAUCAAAGAGCAGCCCAAGAAGAUGUCUGCAGAUAUACUUAGAAAGCGUGGAAUGCCGAAGGAAGACGUACUGAGUGCGAAGCAGACUAAGAGAAAAAAGAUACCAGAUGCAGAACAAAAGACUAAAAGCCUCGCCGAAACUAGAAACGAUUUGGCAGAGAACCUAAACACGCAAAAGAUUUCACAAAGUGAAAAACCCUCCCAGUCCAGCCACUUUAACUCGAAGCCGGGCCAAGGGAAGCACCUUAAUGAGUCGCCUCUGAAUACAGAAUCUGCAUGCUUUUCGAAUGACGAAGAUGAGAGCAUAGUCCCCAGCACUGACAGUCAGGAUGGAUGUGAUACUGCUGAAAAACCAUCUUCUUCCGCAGACGACCUGCGUGAAAAGCUGCUUCAGGACUACAAAAAUCUACAGGCCGAGUUUGAAAAACUGACCGAGGAGAAUGACAAGCUAAUACGGCUGCAGGCGGAACGUCCAAAGGUUACCACUCCCACUAAGCCCGCAUCCAACUCGUUGACCAAACCACAGCUGUACAUGGCCAUUAAGAAGUAUCUGGGACCCACGAUGGCCGCCCUGCUGCGCAUGGAAAUGUUUGGGGGCUCUGAGGAUCGCACCUGGAAGGAGGACGAGCGGGAGUUCGCCACAGAGCUGCUGCAACUGGGCGAUGAGGUAUACAAGUACUGCUGCGACGAGUGGCGAUUCCGGCUGCCCCCGCUGCGGACUGCCCGAUCCUGGCUGGAGCAUAAGACCACAGAGGGGAUUGAGGAUUUUCUAGACUUGUAGACUUUCUAGAUUUGCAGUUUUGCAAAAGUAAUAGGUAUUAUAAAGUAGUUAUAGUAUUCUUGCUUUCUUAACGGUAAGCAAAUAUUAAGCCUUUCGUUUAUGUUUUAUGCUCAUUUUGGGGAAAACGUAUUAUAGAAACGUCCUUGUCAGUAAAAGUAAAGUAUUUUAUGUUGUCUAAAAACAAAAUAAUAACUUAUUAAUCCUUGAACAAAUAUUUAAUUUUAACUUGUUUUAAAAUUACAACUUGCUUUUACAAUUAAAUUUGCAUUACAAAUAAUAUGUUGAGAGGCAUAUUAUAAUUGUAAUGUUUUGUUAUAUAAACGACUG